UAUUUUAUUUCUGUUUUGUCCGAUCUAUAGAUAGAUAACAAUAAUAUUCUACAGUCACGUAAAUUCUAAGCGGUGGCCAAAGGAAAAAAUGGCUCUACUAUCAUCAGUCCUAAAGCAAUUGCCGCAUGAGCUAAGUUCAACCCAUUACCUAACAGUUUUCUUCUGCAUCUUCCUUAUACUUCUUCAGCUAAUAAGAAGAAACAAAUACAAUCUGCCACCAUCCCCACCAAAGAUACCCAUAAUCGGCAAUCUUCACCAGCUAGGCACACUGCCACACCGCUCCUUUCAUGCACUCUCACACAAAUAUGGCCCUCUCAUGAUGUUGCAAUUGGGUCAAAUUCCAACCCUAGUGGUCUCAUCAGCUGACGUGGCCAGAGAAAUAAUCAAAACGCAUGAUGUUGUUUUCUCCAACCGCCGACAACCUACAGCUGCUAAAAUCUUUGGUUAUGGAUGCAAGGAUGUGGCUUUCGUGUACUACGGCGAAGAGUGGAGACAAAAGAUAAAGACAUGUAAGGUUGAGCUUAUGAGUCUGAAGAAGGUGCGGUUGUUUCAUUCCAUUAGACAAGAAGUUGUUACAGAGUUGGUUGAAGCUAUAGGUGAAGCGUGUGGUAGUGAAAGACCAUGUGUGAAUCUGACUGAGAUGCUGAUGGCAGCAUCGAACGACAUUGUGUCUAGAUGUGUUCUUGGACGGAAGUGUGAUGAUGCAUGUGGUGGUAGUGGCAGUAGCAGCUUUGCAGCGUUGGGAAGAAAGAUUAUGAGACUAUUAUCGGCUUUCAGCGUGGGUGAUUUCUUCCCUUCGUUGGGUUGGGUUGACUAUCUGACUGGCUUAAUUCCAGAGAUGAAAACCACGUUUCUCGCAGUAGAUGCUUUCCUUGAUGAGGUAAUUGCAGAACACGAGAGCAGUAACAAGAAGAAUGAUGACUUCUUGGGGAUACUUCUUCAACUUCAAGAAUGUGGGAGGCUUGACUUUCAGCUCGACCGAGAUAACCUCAAAGCAAUCCUAGUGGACAUGAUAAUAGGUGGGAGUGACACUACUUCAACAACUCUAGAAUGGACUUUUGCGGAGUUCCUUAGAAAUCCAAAUACCAUGAAGAAAGCUCAAGAAGAGGUAAGAAGAGUGGUGGGAAUCAAUUCCAAAGCAGUACUGGAUGAAAAUUGUGUGAAUCAAAUGAACUACUUGAAAUGUGUAGUCAAAGAAACUUUGAGAUUACAUCCACCCCUUCCUCUUUUGAUUGCUCGAGAGACAUCAUCAAGUGUAAAACUAAGAGGGUACGAUAUUCCCGCAAAAACAAUGGUAUUUAUCAAUGCAUGGGCGAUCCAGAGGGAUCCUGAAUUAUGGGAUGAUCCUGAAGAAUUUAUUCCCGAAAGAUUUGAAACUAGCCAAGUUGAUCUUAAUGGACAAGAUUUUCAAUUAAUUCCGUUCGGUAUUGGGAGAAGGGGAUGCCCUGCAAUGUCAUUUGGACUUGCUUCAACUGAGUAUGUUCUUGCUAAUCUUUUGUAUUGGUUCAAUUGGAAUAUGUCCGAGUCUGGACGUAUAUUGAUGCACAACAUUGACAUGAGUGAGACAAAUGGACUCACUGUCAGUAAGAAAGUACCACUUCAUCUUGAACCAGAACCAUAUAAAACAUGAUCAUUUCACAUUAUGCAUGUUUGGCAACACCUAUAAAGAGUAUAGAUCUGGAAGUACUUCAAUUUAGUAAUGGAUGUAAAAGCUAUACAAUAAGAAGUGCUAACAAGCUAGGAUAUGAGCAUUUAUGGAGUAACGAGUGAGGUUCCAAAGAGUCUAAUUACUCGUCUCUUGAACAUUGUUAUAUUUGUUUUCUUGCAGUUUGUUAAUCUUUUGAAUAGUUGUUUCACAUUUAUUUUUGUAUGGUUUGUUGGUAUGUUGUGGAAGGCGUUAGUAAAAAUUUGUGGUGUGUUCUUAAA